AUGGUUUGUAUGAAUGAAGGUUUUCAAAAAAUAUUUCAAAAAGUUGUACUAGGAUGGACGACAGCGUAUUUAUACUCUGUUUUCUCAUGUUCUGUCCCCAAGUGCCCAGAAAUCAAUGCCGGAUGGCACAUAUACCCUUAUGACAAGAGGUACUUUAUUUCCUCCAGUAUAUUCAUGAUCAGCACCUCCAUUAUGAUCGCCGAAUUGGACAUAUGGAUCUGCAAUAUGAGACCGAACAACAAAAUCAUUCGAUUUAUUUUAGAAGUUUACAUCAAAACUGUGAUAAUAUUAACAGCUUAUGUAGUGUUUUGGCAUCCAAUAAUCAUGUCAAUAUCAAAACUAAAUAAUUUUUUAAGUAUACAGGCAUUUAUGUGGAACAAGAGUAAAAACACUUACAUCACAGCCAGUGUUCAGUGUUUAAAAAAUGUUAGAAGUUCUAAAAUGUAUUCAAUAUUAUUAAGUGUUAUACUAUUGGUAAACGUGUUACGCGUGCAUGGCCAAAAAGACUUUAUGCGUUUGGUCAACCAAGUUUAAAAUAAUAACUAAGAUUUGAAAACUAUAAUCAAUCAAAGUAAAAUUUGAAAUGCUUAAGAUCAUAUUAGUGUAAUUGUC